AUGGUGGUUGAGAUCGUUCGCCUUAUCAUUCGAGCUACACCAGGAAAGCAGCUCAAGUCAUUGCUGCAGAAGUCAAGCCCCUGCUCUGAAGUGGGGAAACCAUGUAACCCCUGUCUGGACGCUACUAAAGCCUGUAAUCUCAACGACACCUGUAAACGACUACGCUCCAGCUACACCACAAUCUGCUCCAAGGCCACACCCCCUCAACCCUCUCUGGCCAAUCAGGAGCCCUGCAGCCGGAAACGCUGCCAAAAGGCGCUGCGUCAGUUUUUUGAGCGAGUGUCAUGGGAGCUAAGCUAUCCCCUGCUAUUCUGCUCCUGCCGGGACCAGGCCUGUGCAGAGCGGCGCAGACGUACCAUCAUCCCAGAAUGCUCCCACCAGGAGAGGCACAAGCCCAGCUGUCUGGAACUGCAGCAGCUCUGCCGCUCCGACGCCCUGUGCAGGUCUCGACUGGCGGACUACCACACAAACUGCCAGAUGACACCUCACACUAUCACCAGCUGUCCGCGUGACAACUACUACGGCUGCCUCAUGUCUUAUGUCGGACUCAUUGGCUCCGAUGUGACACCGAACUACAGCGACAGCAGUCCCUCGAACAUCACCAUGAGCCUGUGGUGCAGCUGCAGGGGCUCCGGGGCUCAGGAGGGAGUGUGCGAGGCCUUCCUCCGAGACUUCACUCACAACACCUGCCUCAAAAAUGCCAUCCAAGCGUUUGGUUACGGCUCUGAGGGGGCGACACAUCACUCCACCGAACUAUCCUCCACCUUCUUACCCCCUGCCCAGCCGCCAAUCAUCGCUAAGCCCGCCCCCUCUUUCCACGGCAACGCCAUCAAACCUCUAGACAGUGCCUGCAUGUUCUCUACGUGUGCCAACCUGCAGGAAGGAGGCCAGAAGUGCAUCCCAUCCGAAGAAUUCAAGUGUGAGGAGGCCCUGUUGACACACGGCUCGUUUGACCCGACCCAAGACCGCAGCAGUGGUCCACAACCCUCUUCCCUUCAUCACAUAUGUGCCAUGAUGUCCCUUCUCACAAUAUUUCUGUUCUCUCAAAUGUGA